CUCGUAUGCGUGGUGCCCGGUAAAAGUUUCAGUAUUGUCGUGGUGAUAGCGGGACCCAUGGUCGAGCAAAGUACAACUGGCUCGCAGCCGACGAGCUUCUAGUGGUCAACUACACCGUCGCCUCUUCCGUCCUCCGUGAUUGCACCACGUACGGGCGUUUUUUCCUAUUUUCCAAAACGCGCUUCGUAUAGGGACUUUGAAAUUCGAAAAUUCUGUUUUUUCGAGGUGUGAAAGUUGGUGUGUUGUGAGUGUGGGCAGUUCUUGGUUGCCGGGUUACAUUACAGAUUGCCUGACCUGGCCAGUUUCAUGUCCAUGGGAGAUGACAAAGAGACUUGACUAUGUCAACAGCUGAAGAACCAAGCGAUGACCUCAUUAACCUCUACGCCAUCCCCUCCCCUUCCAUAAUCAGUUCCAGGGACUCAGAGCCGGACUACGACAAUGUCUCCGACAAUCUCCUGGAUACAGAGCUUCCAGAACUGGAGCAGAAGCUACAGACUUACUCUCAAGUAUCAACAACGCAUUCCAGAAGCAGCAGCGUGGAUAUCGAGGACAUCCUCAUCUCCAUAGAUGACGACUACGACCUUCCCUCAAGGCCAGGACCUUCCAGGGAUUCCUAUCAGUUCUUCGAAGAGAUCUCCCUCAAAGAUCUGGAUACCCACGUGGAGGAGGGCGAGAACGUUGAAGCUUUGAGGAUUUUGGAUAGUCUAGACGAGAUUUUGAACGCUCAUCUUCGUGAAACUGAAGAAGAUUCAUGUGAACAUGACUGUGAUUGUUUGGACUCUGUAACGCAGCAGAGCAUAGAGGAGUGUUUGAGUGAAUUGGACGAUUAUUUGAAGGGUUUGGACUCCAGUUUCGAAUCUGACGAGGAUGAUGAGGAUAGGAAUUGCUGUUCUAAGAAUUCUCUGAAGAAUCAACUACCAACAGCAGACGACAGCUUGCCUGUAACCCCAAACAGGACAGAAAGCAGGGCGAGUCUCCGUAUAAAACUGAGAAAAAUCGAAGAAAACUACGCCAAAUACCUAAGCCUCGGUAGGGCAAACAGAAGUUACCAGAUUAAUGAGAGAAAGGACGAAAAUUCCAAGUGUAGAUCUCUUUCUGCAUCUUGUAAACGUCGAGAGACUUUGAGAGAGGUGCGUUCGCAGUUUGUCAACGCUUUGGCAACCCUACCAAAUAAGAGGAAAACCAGGCCGCAACUUUUGAGGUCUUCCCUGGUAGAAAACAAUGAAAACCCUGGUGAUAGGAGCGAAAUCAAGGACGUGCAUUCCCAAAGGCUCGCACACGCUUCCGCCGAGUGCUGUACCGGAACCGUCGUGGUCGAGGCGCACAGGGAAGCGCCUAACCGAGGCAGUAGUGCAGUGGACGCCAUCUCCGACGGUGAACGCGACGCUGGGGAUGAUAUGGCCGGUGCAGGUCCGAAAGAAGGCGGAAGUGGACCGGUUAGGACCUGGCUGAGGUCGUCCAUGAGGCAGCUGAGGCAUCUGAGGCUGCCCAGCGACAGCGAGCCCAUCAGGACCAACAGGGAAGGCACCUUACCAGAUUCCCCUUCCGACCCACCCCCAACAGUCAACCACGUGACGCAGCCCCAUCCAGACCCCCUGGGCAGCAUCUCCAGCAGUGCCAGACCCUUCAGUGCCCCGUCUAGGUUGUCGCGGUCGGUCAGUGGCGGCGCGUCAACGGAAACGACGCCUUCUCGGUCGCAGUCGCAGUUAUCUCGUAACAGUGCAGUGUCGCUCGGGCCUGGGGGGCAGGGGGGACGUAGCAGUUCGGCGUCUUCUGUGUCUUCGAGCGGUGGGAGCAGCCUUGCGUCGAGCUUGGAGACUGCGGGGACGACGUCAAGUGCUCACCCCCAUCCUAGGGGUCAGAACGCAGCGGCGGACGCUAGAAGACCAUGUGAAAGACCAAGAAGAAACGACAUGCCAGAGGCUUCAAGCCCUUUAGGACAAUGGCCGCACAGCUUAAGCUCCACCCUAGCUUGCCUGAGCUGCACCCUUGGCCUCUUCAACAUAUCAAGAUUUGCCAUACUGACAGUCCAUUUCGGUUCCAAUUUUAUCUUCCAAUUCAUGAUAUUGUCCGUAUUUUUCGGACUUCCCUUAUACACCCUUCAGAUGUGUCUAGGACAACAGCUAGGAGCUGGAGUCAUUGAUAUGUGGAGGAUAUCGCCUCUAUUUCAAGGAGUAGGGGUUUCCCUUUUCUUAUCCCAGGCUCUAAUAGGGGUCUACAGCAUCAUUGGGGUAUCGUGGAUGUUCGUAUACUUCAGAGAUUCCUUCACCACCAGGACUGAUACCUACAAGUGGGCUGAACCCUUCGUCUAUUACAGAAAUUCUCAUUACAACCCUCUCAACGCCAGCCAGAGGUUAGAACCAGGAACAGUUGCUGAUUACUUCAACACAGUGGUCCUUCAAAGGCAACAUUUGGCUUCCGGUAGUGAAUAUGGCACCAUCAAAUUCCAGAUGGCCUUCAACCUGGCCGUUGUGUGGAUGAUAGUGUUCGUGUCGCUGAGCAAGGGACUCAGAUCUUACGGAAAAGUGAUCUAUGUGUUUACUUUAGUGCCAGUAUUCGGGAUGUUCAUUUUGUGCGCCAAGAUAAUGGGAUUGCUGCCUCCCAAUUAUAUAAACCACAUGUUCCCGCAGUCUUCUUGGGAUGAAUUCUUCAUCAAUUCAAGGAGCUGGUUGGCGGCGGCCCAAGAAACUUUCCUCACUUGGGGCCUGUUGGGGGCAGCGGUCAUGCAAAUAACAUCACACAACAAAGAGAAACAUCUUCUUCAAAGAGAUUCUAGUCUUGUAGCUGUAAUUACUUUCAUAGUUUUAAUACUCGUCGCGUUUUUGGCCAACACCUGUGUUCACAUCUUGAAAGCUGCUGGUUAUUACUACGUUCCAAGUUCUUUUGAGAAUAAUAACUCUUACGUAUUUCUGAGAGUUCAGACUGAUCCACUUCCAACAAGUUUGGGGAACACCCCUAUCAAAUAUAUGAUCCACAACUCCUUCAUUUUGGGUGAGAAAGUCGCCAAGCCUUUCAUGGAUCCGACGAAGGAAAGUGGAUAUCAGGUCCUAAGGCUAGCGACAGAACUGAUUCCUGCAACGUUUGCUGUUCUUGGACCUGAGAGAAUAUCUUCUUUCUGGGCAGUGUUGUUCUAUUUCAUCCUGAUCCUGUUUGGUAUAGCCCAACAGUUGGCCAUAUGGCAUUGUGUUAUCACUGGAAUAAUGGCUAUAAAGGCUAGCGUAUUGAAGUCUUGGGAGACAACCAUUACUUUCUUCAGUUGCUCCUUUGGUUUCCUGUUGGGUCUUCCCAUGGCUACAGAGUUGGGUAUUUAUGUGGUCUACGUCUUAGACUACACCAUCGGAGGAAUGUGGUGGCUCUUGACAAUCAUUUUCUUGCAAAUUGUGGCUGUGUUUAUGGUUCGAGGAAGGCCCUAUAGUGGCGAUAACAUUGUCCUCGCACUUUUCAGCACGAAUGGGCAUUCCUGCAUCACCAGCUGGUUGCCCUUGCUUCUGACUUUCAUUUGGAACAUAGUACUUCCAGUAGCUUUGGUGGUGUUGUGCAUAUCGACCUUCAAAAACGGCCAUUUCAAGGAGAUGUUCAUAUGGCACCACGCGCCAGUCGCAGAGUACUGGCCCUUGAUCGUACGUCAGAUUGGAUCUAUGCUUCAACUUCUUCCGGUGCUAUGCGUGCCCAUCGUGGCGGUGAUACAAAGCUACCGCUAUCUUAAUAACGGACCAUCGGACAUUCUCGAUAGGAUCCAGUUGCUUUACCGUCCGCCUAUCGGCGAACACAUGGAUGAUUUGGCCAUCCAAGAAGCUGCGGCUGCCGCUCGUAUGAACAAUCAGAUCAGCAACAUGUUGAUAGAGGACCCACCGCCCAAAUACACGCCCCCGCCAUCUUACACCACAGCCACUGGGGUUAGGAUUGCCAAGUUUCUUCGCCAAAGUAUCAGGAGGAGCGUCAGGAGGUUGGCGAAUGUUCUGGGGGAGACUUCCAAUGUUAGACCACGAGCUGCGAUACCUCAACCUCAACUCCCACCUCCAGAUUACAGUGCAGUGUUGGUUGAAAUGAAUCAAUCUUCGUCAACCAUCACAGACACCCCCAUUACAGUCAUAGACGUCCCAGCACCAUCGAAUAACAUCAGAAUAUCUACUUUGGAAAGAUUGAGGACUCUUCAACCCAACCAAGGUUCAUCAGCUAUUACAGCUGCUGAAGUUGCUUGCAUCUUGAGGAGUAGCUUCAGGAGGAGUACCGUGAGGAGGAAUAGGGUUGGAGAGGAUCUGGAGAGUCAGUUCACCGACAAUAGUAUCGCUUCUUUAAGUGCUGAGAAUCUGAUAGAUUCUGCUGCUCCUAUUGGGGAGACCUCUUUGGUCCUUGACCACUUGCCUAAUAGUUCUGAUGAGAAUGAAGACAAAAUUACAACUGUGAUAUAGGAUAAGAUCGAUAAGUUAUAUUAGCUUGUAGGACGAGAACAUUGUACAUAUUGAAAUAUAAAAUUCAGACAUU